GGAUAAGCAGCAUUUAUUUGUAGAGCCUAAAGGAGCUAAAAAAUUAUUUGAUGAAAAUCGAAGUGAUCAGGAUAAUAGUGAAUAUGUAAUGUAUCUUAGCGAAAAGAUUAAGGAAUUAGAGUCACAAAUUGAAAACCAAA